AUGGAGACCUUUGUCUUCCUCUGGCUACUCCUCAUGUUCUUCACACACUUGGCCUCAUCUCUAACUCAAGACUUCUCUUUCAUUGGCUUCAAAAAAGCCACUCCAAAUCUAAUCAUGUCAGGAGUAACAGAGAUAGCCAACACUGGAGCCAUCAGGCUUACAACAGAUACAAGCCGCGUCAUUGGUCACGCCUUCUACUCUUUACCAAUCCGAUUCAAGCCAAUCGGUCAAAACCGAGCUCUUUCUUUCUCCACCUCUUUUGUAAUCGCCAUGGUUCCAGAGUACGUCACGCUUGGAGGUCAUGGACUUGCCUUCUCCAUCACUCCAAGUCCAAAUCUCCCAGGCUCUCUUUCUAGCCAGUACUUAGGGCUAUUGAACUCGAGCCGAGCUAAUAUCUCUAGCAACUUCUUCGCUGUGGAGUUUGAUACGGUUAAGGAUUUGGAGUUUGAAGACAUCAACGAUAACCAUGUCGGAAUCGAUAUAAACAGUUUGGAGUCAAGUAUUUCAACUCCAGCUGCUUAUUUUCUCCCAAACUCAACCAAGAAAGAGCUUUUCCUCGACAGUGGUAGAGUGAUACAAGCUUGGAUUGAUUAUGAUUCAGACAAAAAGAGGUUAGAUGUUAAGAUUUCUCCACUCUCUGACAAACCAAAAUUGUCUCUUCUCUCUUACAAUGUAGAUCUCUCCCCUGUCUUUGGAGAUGAAAUGUAUGUUGGAUUCUCUGCUUCGACCGGUUUGCUAGCUAGCUCUCAUUACAUCUUAGGUUGGAACUUUAACAUGAGUGGAGAAGCUUUGUCUCUGUCUCUACCAUCUCUCCCUAGGGUUCCACGUCCACUCAAGAAGAAGAAGAGCCCUGGCUUGAUCCUAGGAGUAUCUCUCUCGUGUUCCCUUUUGAUCAUCGCAGUUAUUGCCGUAGCAGUUAUGUUUGGUAUUAAAAAGGCCAAAGAUGAAGACAGAGUUGAAGAGUGGGAGCUCGACUUUGGUCCGCACAGAUUCUCUUAUAGAGAGCUGAAGAAAGCUACAAAUGGUUUUGGGGACAAGGAGCUUCUAGGGUGGCAAAGUGGUGACAUUAGAGAUGUUGUGGACAGGAGAUUGAACGGUGAGUAUGAUGAAGAUGAAGUGGUGAUGGUUAUCAAACUAGGGCUUCUUUGUUCGAACAAUUCACCUGAGGUGAGACCUACGAUGAGACAAGUGGUUAUGUAUCUCGAGAAGCAGUUCCCGUCGCCGGAAGUUGUUCCAGCGCCGGAUUUUUUAGAUGCAAAUGAUAGUAUGUGUCUUGAUGAUGCAAGUGGUGGUAAUGCUGGCGAGUUUGAGGACUUUGUGGAUUCAGCUAGGUUUUAUAGUGGACCAAAUCAGACUAGUACUUCUUCGUCUAUAUUCUCAUUCGCAGGUAAAACUAAAACCGAUGGGAGAUGA